AUGAUUCCCGGGAAAUACCGCUCUGCUUCUGGCCGGACUGCAAACAACGUGAACUGUGGGCUUCAUCUGGUUAUUCAAACAUCAUCGCUUCCUGAAAAAAACAAAGUUGAAUUCAAGAUUAAUAGAGAAACAUCAUCAUUUCCUGGAAGACUCUUACAACAUGACCUUGAAAGAAACUACUCAAGUAGGCAAGGAGAUGGAAGAGUAAUAAGUCCUUCGCUUCGUUAUAAAUCAUCAUGCAUCUCAUCCACAACAAACGUGACAGAACUAUGUGGGCUGGAAAUGAAAACUGCCACAACCUCCUUAUCAGCAUUUGGAGAUUCUUCCAUUCAGACACCUUCAAAGUCCAGAAUUCGUCAGGGAUGUCAUAGUGCUGGCCCAAAUGUAUCUGGUGAUCAUAUUAAUUUGGUGAGCUCAUCAAUGCCAUCAUUUCCUAUUCUUCACCGUUCUUCUGAAGAGAAAAUUCUUUACUCAGACAGAUUGACUCUAGAAAGGCAAAAGCUAACGGUUUGCCCUAUCAUUGACGGAGAAGAACACCUUCGUUUGUUGAACUUUCAGCACAAUUUUAUAACUCGGAUCCAAAAUAUUUCAAAUCUACAGAGGUUAAUAUUCUUGGAUUUAUAUGAUAACCAGAUUGAAGAAAUUAGUGGGCUUUCUACUCUAAGAUCCCUCCGUGUCCUUCUCUUGGGGAAAAACAGAAUCAAGAAAAUCUCAAAUUUAGAGAAUCUAAAAAGCCUAGAUGUUUUGGACCUUCAUGGAAAUCAGAUUACCAGAAUUGAAAAUGUCAACCAUUUGUGUGAUUUGAGAGUUUUGAAUCUUGCCAGGAACCUUUUGGGUCAAGUUGAUAAUCUUAAUGGACUGGAUUCACUAACUGAACUUAACCUGCGACACAAUCAAAUCACUUCUGUGAGAGAUGUGGAUACUUUGCCCUGCCUCCAACGUCUGUUUCUCAGCUUCAAUAAUAUAUCUAGUUUUGACAGUGUUUCCUGUCUUGCUGACUCUACUUCCCUAUCAGACAUCACUUUUGAUGGCAACCCAAUAGCUCAAGAGUCAUGGUACAAACACACUGUCCUUCAGAAUAUGAUGCAGCUGCGCCAGCUAGAUAUGAAGAGAAUCACGGAAGAAGAAAGGCGUAUGGCAUCUGUAGUAGCCAAGAAGGAGGAAGAGAAGAAGCGGGAAAGUCAUAAACAAUCUUUGCUUAAGGAGAAGAAAAGGUUAACAAUUAACAACGUAGCUCGAAAGUGGGACUUGCAACAACGAGUGGCCAAUAUCGCUACAAACCCAGAUAGAAAAGAUUCUGACUCUCCUUCUCAGGACCCUUGUCAAAGUGAUGGAAGCACCAUUUCUGCGUUUCCAGAAGAAACAGGGUCUCUAGAUUCAGGACUCAACAAUGCUUUAUUAGGUUUAUCUGUCACAGACACAUACCUUGUUGAAGUAGAUGGGGAUACACUUUCCCUGUAUGGUUCAGGAGCACUAGAAUCUCUGGAUCGAAAUUGGAGUGUCCAAACAGCAGGAAUGGUCACGACAGUCUCCUUCACAUUCAUAGAGUUUGACGAAAUUGUCCAAGUGCUCCCCAAAUUGAAGAUGAAGUUUCCUAAUUCUCUGCACCUUAAAUUUAAGGAAACAAAUCUUAUAAUGCUGCAGCAAUUUAAUGCACUAGCCCAACUUCGCCGUAUUGACCAGUUGACAAUUGAUCCUCAAGGAAAUCCAGUUGUCAAUUUUACACUAUGGAAAUACUAUGUACUAUUUAGGCUAAGCCAUUUUAGUAUGCAGAAAAUAAAUGGAACAGAGGUGACACAGAAUGAUAUGAUAAUGGCUGAAAGGCUCUUUGGAAUCCUAGCACAUGUAGCAUCUUCUGAGUUACCUCAAUACCGUAUGAUUUCAAUUCUGGGUGAUGCCAGGAAAAAGCAAUUCCGGUAUCUACUAGAAACCAAAGGAAAAAAACCUGGCAUUGUCAGUGAAGAAAAUAAUGAUAACAAAAGACUUGUAGGAGAAAACACAAAUCGUGCUACACUCAAUUAUACCACAAGAGAAUUUUAUCAUGAAAAGCUAGAGGAAAUAAAGGAGAAAAAGAAAUUCUGCAAGAUGUAUAUAGAAGACCUUGUGAAGGAAGCCACAGAAAUCAAUAUGAAAAAUGAAGCUUUGCAGAAGCUUUGGCCGCAGAUGUUCAUUGAGCUUGUUAGGGAUGCAGUCAUAGAAAUCCGCAAUAAAAAUUCCUAUAUGAAGCUCUGCCUACAGCAGAUAACUGACCAAAAAUAG